AGAUUGGAAAGCUAACGGUUUCACACCGGGAUUUCCGGUUUCCUUCCUACUAUUAGAUUUUGUUGUCAUAAAAGUUGAACUGUUAUGUAACAAGUAAAUUUGUCCUAGAGGACUUUCACAUUGUCAGAGUUUCUGUGAGAGAUUCAAGUGGUUAAAAUGGUGGACUAAUUGAGGAAAAUUAACCAUGAAAGAUGAGGUAAAAAAUGUGACAGGUUCAUGGCCUGAGAAGGGAAAGUUGACCGUACGAGAUGCUUGGGCCAUCUACCGACAAAUCAGAUUCCAGGAACAGGGCAACCAAACCCAUCAGUUGCAGAACCUUUCCCUUAAUGCUUUCCUGCACUUGUUCCUGAAGGAGUCAGAAGAAAAUGCAGAGGUCCAAGGGGUCAGUGACAUGAGGAGUGUAACAAACCACCUGUGUCAGGAGUUUAUGUCGGACAUCAUCAGCGUCACUGGCUCCUCGGAGGAUGACGACGACGCCCCUCUACAGAACUAUCUCCUCAGGGAGCGAGGCUGGCUCCUGCUCUACACCAUCCACAAAAAUGGCACGCAGGGUCUAACGGUUGGAAAAGAUUUCAGUAAUCUGCUUGUGUCUCUGUUACCAUGGUGCUUGAAAUUUCCAGUAGACAAUCAUAAUUCCCAAGCAGGUAAUGAAGACUCCUUACUUCCAGUUAGCUCUUGUUUCCUAUAUUUGGAACAAUCCUCUAAAUGGCAGCGAUGUUCCUCACAAAGAAACAAGGUGCUACCACACAUAGAAAAACGUCCACUCAAACCUCACUCAUCAGGCACCCCAAAGAAACUCAGGAAGAUCCCUGACAGUGUCAAACUGCAGGAGGAAAAUUCUGACAGUGACGCUGAUAAUGUGACGGGGUUAUUGCAGAAACAAAAGUCAGGUAGGAGGUUUGUCCGGCACAGGAGCAUCUCGCAGAGUCUAGGGAAAGAACCCAUAGAAAGAAGUCAAUCCAGCAAAGAGGAGGAUGAGGAGGAGAUGACUAUACUGCUGUCUAAGUACAACAAUGACCACAGACCUAUUUCUUCUUAUAAAUUAUGUCUGCUUAUUCUGGAUGUAUUGACAGACAUAUGUCUCCUGGAUACUGACCAAUCAAACUACAGCAAAACAUUGUCUCCUGUCCUGUUGCCACACAUGCUUCAUAUUCUUACAAACUUGUAUCCAUCACUGAAUGGUGGAAAUGAAGAAUUACUGGCUUUUCAUUGGCUGAAAAAGCAACAGACAUAUUUUCAGAGGAAGAUUCUCAGAGUAGUUCUAGUCAUGAUGUCCAUUGUAGCAACUCAGCCCAAUGGGAUUAAUGUCAUUGUAGGACAUAAACUUGUGUCGGUCCUUUUGGAUGUUGCAAGGCAGAUUCAGCAACUUCAGAACUUGAAAGAGCAGCUGUCUUAUGCCAGACAGAGAACAUCAGAUGAUCUCUCUCAAAUGACUGAUGACUUUGUUUUAUUCACUGAAUUGAUUCUUGGUCUUCUCAUGGCAAUGGACGUCACAUUUCAGUGCUUGCCAUUCAAUCUAGUUCACGUGAAGAGUGCCAUUCAGUUGGUGGAGGAAUUUGAUGAAGGACAUGGUUUUCUUCUGCUAGAAAACAUCAUUCAAACUCUGGACAGUAACACAGUUAAAGCGACUUCAAUUCAAAUGAAACUAAAUAUCCAUGUCACUGAGCCUAUCAAAAUCAUUGCCUCUUUUCUCAGCACGCUAAAAUCCCUAAAGCUAAACUACAUUCAUACAAUGAAAUGCACCAAACGAAAGCACAAGUCUUGCCAAUUUCAGCAGUAUUUUAAUCACCAUCAUAAUAUUCUUGGAUUACCCUAUUUUUCCAAGGUUGAUGAAAAACUGGAGGGUAUGCCAGAAUCUUCUCUUGACAACACAAUUUGUCUGGUUGCCAUUUGGUGUGUAUUUCUUCUGGAUUUGCUAGUGAAAGUGAAAGACAAAUCUUUACAGAUUGAGAUUCUACAAACUGUAGAACUGGCAGGAAACUGUUGCUGCUUUUCUCUAGAGACCAUUUUUGAACCAAUUAGAAAAUGCCUACCAAGCUAUAGUGUUGGAAUUCAGAACUUUGCCUUAGAAGUGUUUAACAGAAUUUUACUGGUAUAUUUCAAUAGAAAAAAUAAUGGUGAAAAUCUUAAAGAACAUACCAAUUUUCAGUGCAAUACAUGCAAAGAUGUAAAACUAGUCAGUCAAGAAAAUGUGGAAGAGAUGAAGUCUGAAAAGACAGCCAUCUUUGGUAUGGAUAGUGGUUUUUCUAGUCACGACUUCCCUGAUAAAAAACUACCAAAACCAAAUAGUUCUGCCAAAGUGAUGCAAGGAUUUAAAGAGUUGUUGUUUUCUCCAGAGGGUACUGUUGCAGAAGUGACGGCCAAAAAUCUUGGCACUUUGGCAGAGCAGGGUAGUGUUGCUCUUAAGGAGGAUCUUUUUUUCAGUGUAUAUGUACAUGCUUUUGAGUCUUUCCUUGUCAACAUGGACAUAGAAGCAUCUAAUGUUUCCCCAGAAAUGACUGAAAAUGAAACCAACAAAUCCAGCUUUUCUUCUAAAGUGAAAGUCCAUUGUUUGCUUGCAGUACCAAAUUUGCUAAAAGUAGAGACUGUGAUGAAAGCUUUUCUCACAAAGAGAGGGGUAGGCCAAAUUUGUAAAAUGUUAGAUGAUGAUGUUUUGCGUGCUCCAGUCCUGAAAGUAUUUGAGGCUUUAGUCAUUCUAGACGAAGUGAAACAGAGAGAAUUUGAAAAUAGUUUGGAAAUGGGAGAGGAAUCCAAAUGCAAAGCAGGAAUGGUCAUAUCUGCCUUUAUUGAUGGUCUUGCAAAGAAGACGGACACGAGUUUGUCUCAGUAUCUCUUGUCAGAAAUAAGAUGUCAAAAAGACUGGUAUAAAAUUGGCCCUGACAAUAAAUACAUUAAAAACCUCUCUGUCAUGGUAGACAUGUGGGAAACAUGUGCCAAAAUCUGCCUGAACAGUGAACACUUUGUGAUGCACUUACUGGAGUCUCAAUGUCUGCCAAUAGCAGGGAACCUUCUGUUGAAAGUUCUGAAACAGCUGAAGUCCUCUGUCAAUUGUGAUCUGACCCAGAAAGUAGGCCAGGGAGAGGACCAAAGCAAGGACUCAUCCGAAGAUUCUGGACAGGAACUGGAGCAGCUGGUGUCCAUGACAAUGAGCAUGCCCUCUGUGUGUUUCCUGAAGCUGGCUCUUCUGCAAUGUUUGUUGACUGUGUGUAACGUCUGCUACAAGCAUCAUGGCCGACAGAAUGAAAUUAAAAUGUGGGGAAGAAUCCGGGAGUCAUUUGAAGAUUGUGCUGUUCUGUCAGCCUGUCGUCUCAAAACACUGUUUGACAUCAUACUGAACUCUGCCAUGCCAAAAAAGGUCACCGUGUUCAACUCCAACCAGAAAACCAACAUUCCUCAAGAUUUCAUCAAGGACGAUGAUAUUGAUGAUGAUGAAAUCAGACAGCUUCUACACGUAAGCAGUGAAGAUGAUGGUGACUCUGUCUGGGGCGUGGAGAAGGGCUAUGAUGGCGACACCGAGGCAUCACAAGAUGACUGGAAGCUAAACGGAGGCUCAGACCCGACUACACGGAGGGAGUACUUUCCAUCACUGUUUCGGCUGUUGGUGGAGAUGUUGAUAAAAUGUCAGAGACACCAGGCAGGAAGAGAAAUCCUCCCACAGGUCUUGUUGAAACUGCUACAGACACUGAAAGGGAACUCUGCUGUGGUCAUGGUUGUCUGUGAAGAGGGAUUGUUGUACGAGUUGCUUACUGGCUUUUGGACACAACUUACAACAGAAGAAGACCAGGGGAUGGUGAGAAUAUACCUGCUUUCCCUCAUUCAGUGUUUGGCACGACACAGGAUAACAUCACUAGAGCUGCAGAAAAUUCUACAACUCUUUCAGCACUCGCAUAUAUCCAGUAAUUUCCUACUGUCGUGUUUGUUGUCCAUUGUGGAGCAGUCCAUUGUUCAGCCAUACUACAGUAUUAAGUUUCCUGUGAAAUCCUGUCCCACGAAGUCCCCCUCCCCAUCAUCCAUUUCCUCCGGCAGUGUGAAGACAUAUACUGAACUCCCCUCUCCCAAAGAUAAACCCACAGAGAAAAGCAGGGCUGUCAUCCCUCUCUUACGAUCUAUUUCAUCUAUGGUGUCCAUGAUGCCCACUCAGGACUUGGACACACAACAGGAACCUGAAAAUUCCCAGAAGGCAUUUGAACAGGAAGUAUGGAAUGUGAUGGCAGUGGAAAUUCCCUUGGGUAUUGGAGUCACCUGGCCUCCUUAUCAGUCAGGUUUGACCUUUGCCCUAUGGUUAAAGAUCUGUGAAGAGGAGGGUAUGACCUUGAAAUCUACAAGUGUGUUGUCAACUGCGAAUCAUGUCUAUGCAUCCAGCAGUGAAGACUUGACACAGAAAGGCCUCAUCAAUGGGAAGGCCUUCAAACCAUUGGUCACAUCGGAGUGUAUUCACGUAAUGUCUGUUGGCACUCGAGAGAAAUUACUAGAGGUGUGGAUAUGUUGUAAAAGUGGAAAACUGCUUUUCAGGCUGACCUCUGAGAACAAUGAGGAUGGGUUGGUGCUGGAUGAGGCAGUAUCUCGCGACUCGGUUCAUCCUGGGAAAUGGCAUCACAUCAUGUUUAGCUAUGUAGAGGUGCUAGAAAACAAUGAAGCAGAGGAACCCAAUCUUGUUGGCCAGAUAAUGCUGACAGUUGAUGGUUGGCAGAAACAGUCAAUCGGGUUAGAACAGCGUAAUCCCACGGUGAAGGUGGAGACUGUGGAGGGGAAUGGCAGACUCUGUGUUGGUCAUAUCUAUGAUGAACUGCGAGAAAUGACCAACUUCCUUCCAUGGGAAUUAGGGGCUUUGUCAAUGUUUAGAGGUGUGGACAUCAGUGAGGAAGAGUGUUUGUACCUUUAUGCCUUGGGCCCAAGCUGUCAAAACCUCAGCAAAUGUGAUGGUCCCGAACAGCCAGUCUCAUUCUCAACAUUCAUCACCAAACAAUUGAUACAGCACUCUGAUAUUUCCCAUGAUGCUCUUGUGGGACUUCGACUUGUAGACAUUGAUCAGCUCAGGGUGAGGAUUAUGUUACACUACAGUGGAGUCUCUCCGGACCAUGUCCUUCUGUAUGAGUCUGCCCUGAGAUCAGAAAUCCCCACCCUGAUGGCCGGUAACCUUGGGAUCCCCCAGCCCAUGUCUCUGUUGUUGUGUCAGCAGCCGUUGCUUACUGAUGUGGUGACACGUGGGAAGGUGGCCACCAAGCUGUGUUACGGACUUGAGAAAGCUGUGAAGGAAGUCGGUGGAAUGGAAGCCAUUAUGUAUCUCGUGGCAAAGACUGUAGAAGACAACAAUUAUGACAAUCACGAGAACGAUAAAAGGGAGGAGUGGCAGCAAUCUAAAGCCUUACAGCUUCUUUUCUCAUUGGUCAACUUUUCUCCUGACUUAUCCAAUGAUUACAUGAUAGCCAAUGGAAACAAACUUCUGUCUAAAGUCCUUACAACCAGUCGGGGAAGUGUGGGAUACAACACACUCAAGGUGCUGUUUGAUGCAUCCACUACAGAGACAAUCUUCAGGUUUGAUACAGAUACUGGAAACCUCGUCAUGAGGAGGAAGAAUGAGGCAGUUGUUACCAAAGCAACGGUGAUUGAGGAACUGCUCCUCAACUGGAGGAUAUGGGAAGGGGCAGAUGAGGGGGUGCUGGACCUAUUAUUCAGGGGUCUGGCUUCCCUCAUUAGGGAGGAUCACCCUCACCAAGCCUUCAACAUCAAACAGUUCCACUCCGUGUCGGUCGUGGACAAGAUAUUUUGUACUUACCAGGAGAGAAUACAAGAGGACUACCCAUCUUACCCAGUGUCCAUUGGUCAGUCUGUGGUCAGCAUCAUCACAAGCAUGAUGGGAAGUCCUCCAGACAUGCACAUCAUUGUGUCCGUAUGUGACUUCCUGUUGUACGUCCAUCCGGCCGCCAACACAUACAUCAGCUGUACUCAGUCAGGCUUCUACUUCAAGCUCUGGUGGGAUUCACCUGCAGACCAGACGUUCAGAUCGAGUCUGAGUCGAGUGAACACCGUUAGAAAGCCUACAACAAGCACACCUCAUGCCAAGAGUACCGGGGAUUCAGACUGUAACUCAAUAGAGGUGGAUUCUGCCAAGAAAAAUCUGUUCCAAGAUGAUGAUGCAGUUUUUGAAAAUGAAAAGUAUCCUCCUGUUAAAGUUUUGCACCAUAAACAAGGCAGCUGGACGGAAAUUAUUACCCAAGAUGAAUUCAACAAUUGUCAGAUUCACGAUUCACCUUCAGAGACUUUGGUUCCCUCCUUGCCCAAGGUUGAUCUGAAGACAAAAUCAGUGGGAACUGAACCCGAUUCAGGGGACUUAAUCAAACGUGGUGGCUCACCUGGCACCAGGAGGAUAGGGGACCAGUUGAAGGACACAAAAGAUGAGAACCAAUCAGCAAUUAGCACCAGUGUAAUUCAGGGUGAACAGAUGGAAACGGUGUCUGACCUGGAGGGGAGCGGUGAGGGGUCAGUCCGCAGCAGGAAGCUGCCAACCCCUACUGAUCCAGAGUUGGAAAGUUAUACUCAGUUUGAUGAGAAGAAUCACAUGUACAGAUCUAUAUCUUCUUACACUUCGGAAGAAAUCCAUCACGAUGAUGAGGGACUGAUAGCUCAAAAGCCAGACAUUCAUUUUGAUGAGAAGACAGAGGAUAAUGAGUUUGAACGUGGUCUGAUUGCUGUAUGCAUAGGAUUGCUGAAUACUUUGUCUAAUGUUGUGAUCAACAUGCCUGAUGUCAUGGUGACUAAAGUUCUGCAGAGAGUUAUUAAUACCGAUAUACUGAUCAUCAUGGCUCACAGUAACUCACCAGAAGUCAGGACCUGUGUUAUUAAGUUGCUGAGUAGUUACCUGUUUCGAGCAACACCUGAGCAGGUGUCGGAGUUCUUGAAGAAGGAGAGUUUUCACCUGCUGGGGGCCCAGUUCUACCAGUAUUUGUCUCACACCGAGCAGUUGGAGGAGUCCAUCUCACUGAUACUUGGCAUGAGAUUCACUUUUUACUCAGAUUUGGAGAUUAGUAAGAGUUCUCUAACCCCUAUCCAGCAGUCAGCUGUGGUCCUGCUUCUGUCCCUGAUGGAGAAUACUUUAUGGGACGUUCUCCUCUGUCAUAAUACUCUAAUCAUUACCAGACAGAUGUUUGAGAGCAGUGAAAUCCUGGGAUCGCUGAUGUUGGAGGCAGGCUUGAUUGAAGUUCUCACUAAUAUGUUGGCAAGGAUUCAUCGCCUUUCUGCAAAGAAUACAGAUAUAGCUGGGAGAGAUAAACAUCAUAUCUGUACUAAAGACAUUCUGAACUUCGUGUGUAUCAUUGCCAGUAGAGAAUUCAGUGCAAGUGGAGGCCAUCAUUUUCAGCAGUUUGAUGACAUUCGAUAUUUAUUGAGGCAGCUAGAAAACAAAGAAAAGGCAGCUUUUGGAGAGAAGUGUACACAUGUACAGAGUCUGCAGAGUUUACAGUAUAGCAUUGUCCUCUGUCAGCUCAGUGUGGUAGAGAAUGCGGGACAAGAUAAAUACAAGCGUCAGACAUCCUCGCCAGCAGAAUUUGGCGAAACACAUGGACACAUGUACGGACCUACCUCACCAUCCUUCACUUCCCGUCCUCAAAACUUCUCCGAAUCCUUCCCCAGACUGUCCAUUCUCACUUCAUCAUUUAGCUUAUCUCUAGAUCCAGACAACCGAUCCCUGGGUGAGUCGGACAGUUCCACUUCAUCAGGACGCAUGUCUCGUACACAAUCUUUGGCCUCUAGCCUGCCGUUAGAACCACCAGUCCAGACCAAGCAGAGUAAAUCCACCUUCUCCAUCGCCAAUAUGCUCAACAAGUUCACCUCCAAAAAAAGUCGUUUGAUGGUCAUACCUUUGUCCCCGUCGGAAGUGAAUGAGAGAUUUAGAAAGCUUUUGAAUUCGGCUGUAGACAUGGUAGUCUAUGCAGAGAAGGAAGAAGUUUCUAAACCAACUGAAAGGAAAACUUUAAGGUCCAUGUUUGAGAAAUCUGAGCCAGUCUCUUUUGAAACCAUCUAUAUGCGGCGUUUGUUUGACUUUCUAUACAGAGGAUUUGAACAUACUCUUUAUAAUCAGGACCGAAUGGUACAACGGACUCAGAAAAACCAAGUCAUGUGGAGUUUAAGAGACACCACACGGAUUCAGCUGACUAGACUACUGGUGAACAUGCUAUCCACAAGACAGGUUCUGGAGGACAGGACCUACAUUUUGUCGUACAUUGUGAAUGAAGUAAAGGGGCAGGAAAUUCUGAAGAUUCUCAUUAACACUUCCACCGAAUAUGCCCAUGAGUUGGCCUACUACAUGUGGGACCUGCUGCAGAACUGGGGUGAUUCUCUGAACAGCCAGCACCGGACAGAUGGGGCCAAGAUCAUGCAGAUGCUUAAAAACUGUGGCAUCCCAGUGGUCUCCCCAGGCAAGGGGGAGGAGUGCAAAUCGCAUCUGGAAGAGGAAAAACAGAUAAUUGAAGUCAGACUGCAGAAAGGGAGACAACUUCGGAAGAAAAAAAGUGAUUUGGAUAUUGAAAAGACGGUACAUCGACUGGACAAAGUGUAUUCCAAUUUAUCAAGCCAUGCCAUGGAGAUGACUCAGAGGGUGACACAAUUACAAGGUCAAGAAAGGAACAAAUUUGUGGAACACAUAAAGAGGACAAUGACGGAGAAAAUUCAGAUUAAAAAAUCAUGGCAACAAAUCGUCCAGAAUCUCACUCAUGAAAGAGCUGUAUGGCAUGAUGCUAAGUCCUACCCACUCUCGUGGCAGCUGGACCCCACUGAGGGUCCAGGUAGGGUUAGAAAGAGACUGAAGAGGUGUCAUCUAGGUAUAGAGAAGAGAUUUCUCAAUCUGGAAAAUCAGUUAAAAAUUGAAAAUGAAAUGUUGGAUCCUCCCCUGAUCUAUUUGUUUGAGGAUGACCACCAGACUUCAGACUCAGCAGCUCUUAUCUAUCAGCUGUACAGGAGUGAGAAGAUUCAGCAUACCUGCAAAUGUACAGCGGUGUCUCCUUUUAAUGAAAGCAAAGGAGAACUUCUGGUCGGCGAGAACAGUAUUUUCUUUGUCGCAGAUGAGGCAAUAUCUGAUGCCAAUUACACACAGGUGCUUUUAGGGAACAAAGAUCAGUUGUCGAUGACAUGGCCGUAUGAAGACAUCAGAGAAAUUCACAAGCGCUGGUUCCAGCUACGAGAUGUGGGAAUUGAAAUUUUUCUUACAAAUGGGAAAACCUGUUUGUUGGCUUGUCAGAAUAACCGGGAGAGAAAUGGUCUGUAUCAGCACCUUCACACUUUAGAACUGCCGCACUAUGUUGUGCUGGAAGAACUGAACACAGUCCAGCAGUCUUGGAUUGAGGGGCGGAUGACCAAUUUUGACUAUCUUACACACCUGAAUAAAAUUGCCGGCCGAUCGUUUAAUGACUUGAUGCAGUACCCCAUUUUCCCAUUCGUUCUGAAGGAUUACUUCAGUGAAAGAUUGGACUUGUGUGAUGAGAAAAGCUAUAGGAACCUACGUAAACCCAUGUCUGUACAGAGUAAGGAGAAAGAACAAAAGUACAUUGACAACUACAACAUUUUGAAACAGGAACAAGACCGAGGAGAAGGUAUGGAUAACUUGUUGAGGGUGGAACCGUAUCACUAUGGCAGCCAUUAUUCCAAUAGCGGUACUGUUCUUCACUUCCUGGUCAGACUCCCACCAUUCACGAAAAUGUUCCUUAGUUACCAAGAUAAAAACUUUGAUCUGCCUGACCGAACAUUCCACAGCGUACAGACGGCUUGGCGACUUGCCAGCUUUGAAUCGGCUACAGAUGUCAAGGAACUAAUCCCAGAAUUCUUCUUCCUUCCAGAGUUUCUUAAAAACAAUGAAGGUUUUGAAUUUGGAAAGAGACAGAAUGGAGAAGUGGUACAUGAUGUGAAUCUCCCUCCCUGGUGUAACGGCGAUGCUCGUCUGUUUGUAAUGAUUCUGCGUCAGGCCUUAGAGUCUGCGUAUGUCUCGAAGAACCUUCAUCACUGGAUUGAUCUAGUUUUUGGAUUCAAACAACAGGGAGAGGAAGCUGUGAAAGCCAUUAAUGUCUUCCAUCCCUCUACCUACUUUGGAAUGGACAUAGACAGUGUAAAGGACCCACUCCGUCGCCACGCCCUGAAGACAAUGGUCAAAACUUACGGCCAGACUCCCAGACAGCUGUUUAAAUCGACCCACCCCCAGAGGAGCUUUCAACCUCAGAAGAUUUCUCACCAGGACACGCCCAGUGUCCUUUCCCAGCUGUUUCUGUCUGAGGUACCCGUAAAACAGAUGCCUCAGCUUCCUUAUAUUCCUAGUCCCUUGACCAGUGUGAAUGGUCUAAAGUGGGGGGUAUACGUUGGCUCACGAGAUUUAUCUCCCCCGGAGGUUAUCUGGCAGGGUCGAUACAAUGCGGUGGUGGCCAGCCUGACUGCCUUCCCAACAGGAGAAGUGUUUGGAGUGGGAGAGAAAUGCUGCUGUCUCACAAUGCUCAGCAAACAGAAAGUUUCCACAUUGUACAACUCGACAGAUGUGAUCUGGGCAGCCAUAUUGGACUGGAAAGAUGCAGACGGCAUACUGAGAAUCCACCAAGUGAAAAAGGAGAAUCCGCCAAUCAAUCUUCUAUCUCACUCACCAUUUGAAAAGGUAACUUGUUGUGCCUCUGUACCGGACUGUCGUCUGCUGUUUGUUGGAGGAACAAGUGGCACCAUAACCAUCUACAACACUGUAUUCAAUCAGGCAAAGGAGAGUUGUCUACAAAUCAAAGGCAGUCGACAGGCACUCCAUGGACACACUGGCAGGAUCAAUGCUUUAGUGGUGUGUAAACAGUACAGCCUGGUGGUCAGUGGAAGCGAGGACAGUACUUGCAUCAUCUGGGACCUUAACAGGUUGUGUUACGUGAGAUCUAUCACUUGCCAUGGGUCUCCGGUUCGAGUGUUGGCAGUCAGCAGUACCCUGGGAGACAUCGCCUCUGUCAGUCAGAAGGGACCCGGUAGUCAGCUGAUGUUGCAUUCCAUUAAUGCCACACCCAUCGCCAAGAACGUCACACUGGAGAGUUGUAUCAACUGUCUGUCAUUCUCCACUGCCCCAGAGGGUCAGUCAGUCAAUAUACUGGCUGGGGGAAUGGACAAUGGAAUUGUUAGGCUGUGGAGCAGUAUGGACCUAACAGUACUCAGGGAUCUGCACACUGAGAAUCUCAUGCACAAACCUGUUAUCAGUUUGACGUUCACCAGCGAUUCUUCGCGACUGUAUAUGACGUCAUCAGACGGGACAAUCACCGUUUGGGAGUCGCCUCCCAUUGGACGCAUCAGACCCAAUAAUCUUAUAUUACACAUUUAAACUUUGUGGAGUCAUCAUUUAUGGAUAACCAGAACAUUUCUCCUCAGUAUUAAUCAGUAUUAACCCCUUUACAGGUGUAGAAUAAGAACACUUUGUUUUUAACUGUCGUAUAUAAAGUACCGUUAUCGUUUGUUGUAAAUCAGAAUCUGUGUGAAAUGUGUAUGAAGUCAAUUAGCCAUAGGCAGCUUUGUGUGAGGAACAGCUCGUAGUACUCCGGACUGCAUUGUUUUAUUUUGGAACUGCAACAAUAAAUAAAUAGAAUAUUACAAUUCAUUAACAACAACCACCGCCCUCCCUGUAAAUAACACACGCACACAAAUAUACGUCUAGAAUACUGUUCACAUUAACUUUUACCAAAGGUAUGUAUGUAUUUUAUAUCAUUCGAAAAUUAUUUGCUCAAUUUAAUUUUAUAACGCAUUCCAAAAAUCAUUGUAUGAUGCUCACCCUUUUCUACAUAUUCAUCGUUGUGCCAUUUAAUGUGCAUACCUUUCGACUUUGAAGAUUUUUUAUAUAUAUAUAUAUAUUCUUAUUAAUUAGUCUUGAGUAUUUUUUAUUAAACAUUGUUGACUGUAUGAGGGUUACUAACUGUGUAACACUGUAAGAAAAGUGGAAUACGGUUAUUUUUAAAAUAUUUUUUAAAAUAGAUGUGAUGUUUGCGGUACUGAAUUAGUAAUGGAUUGAUGUGAUGAUGUUAUUAAACGUACAAUAUUGUGUUGAAAUCCAUGUGUGUAAUGCAAUCGUUUUAUACCUUACUUUGUUGACGAAUUCAUUUGUUUUAUAUUGCAAUAAUAAAGACUGAUGAUGUA